UCGCUGUCACCAACGUUACGUUUUGAAUUGAUCACUGAAAUAAAAAAUUGAAUUACUCUUUGCUACAGUACUAUUUUUAAAGUAAUUGCAAUAGGAUAACUAUGUGGUCAUUUUUCAGCCGAGAUCCUUCCAAAGAGUUCGGUUAUGAAAUUCUGGAACAACUUACAGGAACAGAAGAAUAUAUGCUAUGGAAACUUCAUAAAGGGAAGAAGAAGGGUUCUAGUGAGCCAGUAUCUGUUUUCAUCCUUGAUGCUAAAACAAGUGGAAAUGACACACAGAUAGAACUUGCGAAAGCAGCUCUGAAAAGAUUGAAAACACUCAGGCAUCCAAACAUUCUCACUUACAUCGAUAGUCUAGAGACAGAAAAAUGUUUGUAUUUGGUAACUGAGUAUGUUGAGCCCUUGCAGUUUUAUUUGAACAGUUGUGCUACUGAUUACCCUAAAUCUAAACAACAAAAAGAAUUAUUUAUAGCAUGGGGACUUUUUCAAGUUGUGCGAGCCCUAACUUUCUUGAAUAAUGAUGUGAAUCUUCAACAUAAUUCUAUCUGCCUUGGAAAUAUACUUGUAAACACCGCUGGAGAAUGGAAGCUUGGAGGUUUUGAAAAUGCAACUCCAUCAUCUCAAAUAAAUUCUCUACCAAUAAAAAUACUACCUUCCUUUGAGAAAUAUGACCCACCUGAGAAAGUGGAUUCAUUGAAGCUUAAAUUUGCUACCAAAUGGUCAGCCGACAUGUGGGGUCUAGGAUGCCUUAUUUGGGAAGUGUUCAACGGUUCACUCAAAUCCUCUUCCUCAUUAAAAAUUUUGGGCAAUAUUCCAAAACUGUUAACAUCAGUUUACUGUGAACUUGUAGGAGCAAAUCCCAGUUCUCGCCCUAACCCCAGUGAAGUCCUUGUUAUUUGUAGAAAGCCUGGAGGUUACUUCAAUAAUGAUUUGGUUGAAUGUCUCCUUUUUUUGGAAGAGAUUCAAAUUAAGGAAAGUAAUGAGAAGACACAGUUUUUCAAUAAGCUACCUUUACUGUUGGAAAGUUUUCCAGAGAACUUGGCAAGACACAAAGUUUUACCUCAACUUAUUAAUGCAUUUGAAUUUGGUAAUGCUGGAGCAACUAUUCUCACUCCUCUGUUUAAGUUAGGUAGCUUAUUAACCGAAGAGGAAUAUCAAAAACGAAUUGUUCCUUGUGUAGUCAAAUUAUUCUCGUCUCCUGACAGAGCAACUCGUGUCCGUUUGUUGCAGCAAUUAGAACAUUUUUCAGCUCAUCUUCUUCCUGUCACUGUGAAUGAUAACAUCUUUCCCCACAUUUUGAGCGGAUUUACAGACUCGAAUCCAGUAAUAAGAGAGCACACUGUUAAGUCCAUUAUAUCUUUAGCACCAAAACUGAAUUAUAAUAAUCUGAAUGUGGAAGUUCUCAAGCACUUCGCGCGAUUACAAUCUAAAGAUGAACAGGGUGGGAUCCGUACCAAUACUACAGUGUGCCUUGGAAAAGUCGCCUCUUAUUUCCAUCCUCAGAUAAGGCAGAAAGUUCUGGUAUCAGCUUUUACCAGGGCACUGAGGGAUCCGUUUCCUCCUGCCCGAGUUGGAGGCAUAUUAGCAUUUGCAGCCACCCAACAAUAUUAUCUGCUGAACCAAAUCUCUAAUCAAAUUUUACCUGCCCUUUGUGUACUGACGGGUGAUCCUGAAAGAGAAGUGCGCGAUCAGGCCUUUAAAGUCGUUAAAGGUUUCCUAUCAAAAUUGGAAAAAGUAUCGGAAGAUCCUUCUCUUCGAGAAUGCAUGGAGGCUGAUGUAAAUGCAAACGCUAGCCCAAAUGUAACAGAUAUGGCAUCAACAUGGGCUGGUUGGGCAGUUAGUGCAGUCACAUCAAAGUUCUACAAGUCUCAAAGCAGCCAAAUAUCUGAUCAGUCUCCUGCUCUGCCAGCCAGCACUCAAGGACCAGCUGCUACAAGCAACCCAAUAAGUUGUGAUACAAUUCCUGAAACAUCGCAUGAAUUACGGAGGACUUCUUAUACCGAAUCCACCGACGAAUCCGUGCAAUGGGGAGACAUGAAUGAGCUUUCACUAUCAAGCAAAAACCUUGUGGAUGAUAAGGGAGAUGGCGAUGGCGAUGGGUGGGACGUUCAAGAUGAUUGGGCGCCAAUUGAAACUGUUGAGCAAGAUUCCUUUGGCCCAAGCAUGACCACCGCGCGUUCUAAAGAUUCCGUAUUAAUGGGUACCAAAUCUGAAAAAAAUGAAAGUGGAUGGGAAUCGACAUGGAACACCAACCAGUGGUCUACUCCAGAUAGCAAUGAUAAAGAUGAGUCUCGGAAGAAGCGCGAAGAAAAACGUAUUCAGAGACAGAAAGAAAUCGAAGCCAAACGCAAUGCCCGCCAAGGAGCUAGUAGCGGAGGAAGUUCAUUAAAGUUAGGUGGCAAAAAAAUCUGAAAAGAUGAAGUGGUUCUUAUUUACUAAGUGAUUAUCUAUAACUGCAUCUAAGUGUUGCGUUUCAAAACGAUUUGUCAAAUUAUGAAGAUAUAAAAUGUAUGACUUCUACUGUCAAACACUUUCUGGAAGUCACCUUUGAUUGUUGUUUUUUUCCGGAUUCAAUAAUUCAGACUUUCGCAGCCGUAUACACUAAACGCUUGGUAUAACAGUCGGCUUGCUAUUAAAUUUUGUAGAAAUAUAUAUAAACAAGUGUCUAUUAUGUGAAAAUUUUUUCGUAAAAAAAAAAAUAUUAAAUCGAUAUAUGCUAACCGAAAAAUUCUAACUGUAGAAGGACGCAUUUCGAAGACCAUUUUUAGCUGAUGUCGUGUUUAAUCAAUUUUGUCUAUAGCCGGACCAGUCUUCAAAUACAAAAUUAAUUUAUGCAAAUGCGAA